CAGCGGUGACACUGGUCGCCGCCCUGCUCCUGCUGCGGCGUGAGGACGGGGGGUCGGGGCCUGGCUCCAGCAUGGCCGAGACUGAGGCACUGCCGAAGCUUCGGGAAGACUUCAGGAUGCAAAAUAAAUCUGUCUUUAUUCUGGGCGCCAGCGGAGAAACCGGCAGAGUGCUCUUAAAAGAAAUCUUGGAACAGAGCCUGUUUUCCAAAGUCACGCUCAUUGGCCGGAGAAAGCUCACCUUCGAUGAAGAUGCUUAUAAAAAUGUGAAUCAAGAAGUGGUGGACUUUGAGAAGUUGGAUGACUACGCUUCUGCCUUUCAAGGUCAUGAUGUUGGAUUUUGUUGCCUGGGUACUACCAGAAAAAAAGCCGGGGCGGAAGGAUUUGUUCGUGUUGAUCGAGAUUAUGUCCUCAAGUCUGCAGAGCUGGCAAAAGCUGGAGGGUGUAAACAUUUUAACUUGCUGUCCUCUAAGGGAGCUGAUAAGUCAAGCAGUUUUUUAUAUCUGCAAGUUAAGGGAGAAGUAGAAGCUAGGGUUGAAGAAUUACAGUUUGAUCGUUACUCUGUCUUUAGGCCUGGAGUUCUGCUGUGUGAUAGGCAAGAAUCUCGCCCAGGGGAGUGGUUGGUUAGGAAAUUCUUUGGCUCCUUACCAGAAUCUUGGGCCAGUGGGCACUCUGUGCCAGUGACGACUGUGGUUAGGGCAAUGCUGAACAACGCAGUGAACCCAAGUGGCAAGAAGAAGGAACUUCUGGAUAAUAAGGCCAUCCAUGACCUGGGGAGAGCCGAUAGCUCUCUCACGCCAUGACCGCACCGGAGAAACGCUUUCUACUGGAACUCAACACCCACUGCCUAACUGGUACUUUCAGGGUCUAAAAAAAGUCAGUGUGCUUUAACUGUGGUUUCCCUAGUUUCAGCUGCCGGAUCCAGUAACAAAUUACUGUGUCCUGCACCAGCAGUGCAGAGCCUGGUCGGACGGAUCGAUACAUUGCCCAGGGAGCUUUUCAAAAACAGAGUUCCGUAGGCUCUACCUCACAUCCCUGAAGCAGAAUCUUCAGGGUAUGAGCACAGGAACCUGUUGUUUUUCUUAAAGCUUCCCCUAGUGGUUCUGGUGCCACUAGUGGGGAGGCCUGCUUUGAAAGGCUUGUCUGCACAAACCUUAUAUUAUGCAGAUGAUUUCUGUUCUAAAAUCGUCAUUUGUGUCUCUGAGUUACCCGCUGCAGACUGCUGUAUUUGUAUCAGUGGGCGUCUUGCCUUACUACUUCUUUACAACGUAUAAUAAAAGCCAUUAUAU